AAUAGCCCCCCUCCAUCUCUCUCAGAAUCGAGCUCCAAAAUUCAAAUCAAGAAAGGCUACAGAGCUAGGGUUUUGCAGCAGAGACUGAUGUGCGGAAAAUUGCCACGGCAUUGAACUGCAUUUUGAAGAUAAUUACCGAAGCUCGAAGCUUUACGUGGAUUUAGAGCUCAGUUCAGUGAAGUAGCUGUGGAAAUGUACAGUGGUUCAAGCGAUGGCGAAGGGCAUGACCCAUCAGGGACCCGGAAGAUUCCUUCACCUUCGUCUAUGCUCUGGGUCCGUAAUCUCCGACGCUUCAUUGGGUCCGGGGUGGGUCUUGGCUCCGAAGCUCUCAUGGAACUUGAAACGAAGAGAAUCUUGCUAGAUAUUUUUAAAGAGAAGCAACAAAAGAAUCAGGAAUCUGGCAAAAUCCCAACCUUCUAUAAGAAGAAACCUGAAGAAGGAUCCAUAAGUCAAAGAGUUCAGAGGCUGGCAAAAUAUCGAUUUCUAAAGAAACAAUCUGAUCUUCUGUUAAAUGCUGAUGAUUUGGAUUCUAUGUGGGUAUGCCUAAGGGAAAACUGUGUGAUUGAUGAUGCAACUGGUGCUGAAAAGAUGAACUAUGAAGACUUCUGCCACAUUGCCUCGGUCUGUACAGAACAAAUAGGACCUAAAUGUCGACGCUUUUUUAGUCCUUCAAAUUUCAUGAAAUUUGAAAAAGAUGAAUCAGGGAGAAUAGCCAUUCUGCCCUUCUACCUUUAUGUGAUGCGUACGGUUUCACUUACUCAGGCAAGGAUUGAUAUGAGUGAGCUUGAUGAAGAUUCUGAUGGCUUCCUUCAACCUCAUGAAAUGGAGGGUUACAUACGGGGCCUUAUUCCUAAUUUGGCACAACUGCGAGACAUGCCUGCAGCGUUUGUGCAAAUGUAUUGCCGCAUUGCUGCCCACAAAUUUUUCUUCUUCUGUGAUACCAACAGGCGAGGAAAGGCAUGCAUAAAGAAGAUACUGCUCAGUAACUGUCUUCAGGAGCUGAUGGAAUUACAUCAGGAAAGUGAGGAAGAAGUCACUGACAUGGAGCAAGCUGAAAACUGGUUUUCAUUGACUUCUGCACAGCGCAUAUGUGAUAUGUUCCUUGCUCUUGAUAAAGACAUGAAUGGAACAUUGAGCAAACAAGAGCUCCGUGAGUACGCAGAUGGGACACUGACAGAUAUCUUUAUUGAGCGUGUUUUUGAUGAGCAUGUACGACGUGGGAAAAUUGGAGGUGGCAAUACUCGUGAGAUGGAUUUUGAAAGUUUUCUUGACUUUGUUUUGGCUCUUGAAAACAAAGAUACUCCUGAGGGAUUAACAUAUCUGUUCCGAUGUCUCGAUCUGAAUGUGAGAGGUUUCCUAACCACAGCUGACAUUCACACGCUAUUCAGAGAUGUACAUCAAAAGUGGAUUGAAGGAGGGAACUACGAAUUGUGCAUUGAGGACGUAAGAGAUGAAAUUUGGGAUAUGGUGAAACCCAUUGACCCGUUAAGAAUAACACUGGCUGAUUUGCUGACAUGCAAACAAGGCGGAACAGUAGCAAGCAUGCUUAUUGAUGUCCGCGGCUUCUGGGCACACGACAACAGAGAGAAUCUUCUCCAGGAGGAGGAGGAGGAGCCCGAGGAAGAAGGUUAAAGGAUGCUCGAUACAAAAUGAUUUGUGUUUGUGCUGAAGCUAACUUAACUUUCUUUUUAGUGGCAUAGGAGUAGAUAUCACUACCUUUGUUUCCAGAAUUCAGUUCAUGCUGUGUCAUCAAUGGAAGUGGUUGAUUAUCUUGCAUUCUGUACUUCUGUAGUUUGAGUGUUGUAUGCAAGUAUGUAUGUUAACACAGGACAGUAGGAAGAUCCUUAAGGACUUGUAAUAGAUAUAUCAACUACUAACAUUUUUUAUGUUUGAUCCAAAAUCCAAGUUGCAUCUGCCUAUUUUUUAAGUUGA